GACCAGCGGCCAUUCAUGUUGUUGGACUACUGCUGUCGUUGUUGUGGAUUCACACUCAUAAAACGCCAUGGACCCGUCUCCCUCAAGACCACACCCAGUGAUACCUGGGUUGUCCUGCAGAACCUGUUGAUGUGCAUGGUGUGCUUCUACUCUCUCUACUACAUCGUGGUCAGUCUCUGCAUCGGACUGCUCAGGGUUCAUGAGAUCAACAGCUUGUUGGCGCCAUUCGACUACACAACACAACCAUCAUGGCAGAACCCCAAAUACCUGGUUGGUGUGAUUUCCACAGAAGUUACCUAUGUUUUAGGAGGGCUGGUCUUCGCUUGGAUUGUAGAGGAGUGGGUCUGGGAUUACGCCAUAACUGUCACAUUGCUGCAUGUCGCCAUGACUGUAGCAGUGAUGUCAGACUUCCCUUCAGCUGAGCACUGGUGGAUAGCUCUGGGUUCAGGUCUGGUCAUGAUGAUAUUUGGAGGACAGCUCCUGGCCUACAAACUCUUCAGGACCAACUUUGUUUAUCCAGCUGAACUGCAGAACUUCUAAUCAACACAAUGAGGAAAUCUUUUAACUGGCUUACUGGUUAAUCUCAGAUCCGCAUGAAUACCAAUGGGUUUACUUUGCAAAGGUUGUGCUGCUAGUUUCAUAUAAACACGGGUAUGAACAACUGCAUUCUGUGCUAGAUUAAAUCAUCAUUUUAUUGUAAUA